AUGUCCAUCCUACUAUCUCGUGUAAUUCGUGCUUUGGAAAAAAUAGCUCCCCUAUCACUCGCAGAAUCAUCCUGGGACAAUGUCGGCUUACUUGUUGAACCUCCAUAUCCUCGUCCAGAUUCCUCUCGAGUAUUUUUAACAAUCGAUCUAACCUCUUCAGUACUAGAAGAAGCUUUAGUAGAUCCAAAAGUUGGUGUAAUAAUAGCAUACCAUCCUCCAAUUUUCCGGUCCUUCAAACGACUUAAUUCAAACGAUAUUAAACAAGCUAUAAUAAUGAAAUGUGUAGCGAAAGGGAUUGGAGUGUUUAGUCCACAUACUGCUGUGGAUUCUAGUGUUGGUGGUGUGAAUGAUUGGUUAUCAAAAGCUCUUGGCGCUGGAACUUCUAGACCUAUAACUCCUGCUGUAAAUCCGCCUAUAGGUCAAGAAGCAGCUGGAUCAGGAAGACUGUUUACAUUAUCACAACCUGUACCUCUCUCAACAGUUAUUGAGCGAGUUAAACAAUAUCUAAAACUUCAACAUGUUAGAGUAGCUACGGCUGAACGACAUAGUUCAAUUGCCAAUGAAUUAAUUUCGACUGUUGGAAUUUGUGCUGGUUCUGGAUCAAGUGUACUUUCUUCAGCUACUGCAGAUUUAUAUUUCACUGGAGAAAUGUCGCAUCACGAUGUACUCGCUGCGUUAAGUGAGCAUUCUAAUACUGAAAGAGGUUAUCUUUCUGAAGUACUUAAACCUCAUAUUGAAAAAUUAUUACAAAAUGAUGGUGAAACUGAAGCUGUUGAUGUAGUAGUUAGUAAGAUGGAUAAAGAUCCUUUAGAAACCUUUUGA